AUGCUCUGGAUUCGACAUGCCGAUAAUGGAGUCCCGUCUAUCAUUGCGCCCUGGCCCGUGGCCGACAUCGUCUAUGUCGCUAUCAUUGCACCCAUCAUGCUAGCAGCAUUUCUCGAGUGGAUCCUCUUCCUGGUCGCCUUUCAAUACUGCUUCGUCCAAGUGUUCCGCAAAGCGGACGGUGAACAGAAAUGGAGUGUCCGGAUACUCUGCGUACUGAACAUUGUCUGGUUCACGCUCUUGCGCUGCAUCUUCCUUCCCAUCAUGGUGGUCACUCUCCCACUGCCAUCCCAAGUGGCGCAGUACUUUCCACAACAGGUGGUCGAUGUCCUUCAGUGGUUCGCCUUUGUAAGUGCUGGAACGUACCUUCUACUACUCGGGUACUCAGUGGCUUACCAUCCCUACAGUACACUUUCGCUGGCCUCCUGAUCGUGCCUUGGCUUCUUUGCGUGUACCAAUUGGUGACGCGCAAUGUGGGCAGGGGUACGCUCGUCAAGAAAGCACUGGACGAGUACUCGGCUCCAAAGGUUGUCAUCAUCAUGCCUUGUUACAACGAGGAGCCGGAUAUUCUGAUACGAACGGUCGAGUCCAUCGUGCAUUGCGAUUAUCCGGCUGCAUGCCUCCACAUAUUCCUCUCAUUCGACGGCGGCGAAGAGAACGAAUUGUUUCUGAGCACCAUCGGAAAGCUCGGCGUGCCGGUGACUCUAGAAGCGUAUCCGAAAAGCAUCGAUAUCGCCUACGAGGACUGCCGGAUCACGGUCUCCCGAUUCCCACACGGCGGCAAGCGCAAGUGUCAGAAGCACACCUUUCGCCUCAUCGACAAAGUAUAUGCGGAAUAUCUGCGCCGUAACGAUGACCUUUUCCUCCUCUUCAUUGACUCAGAUUGCAUCCUGGACAAGAACUGCAUCAAAAACUUCAUGUACGAUAUGGAGCUCAAACCCGGGAGCAAGCACGACGUUCUUGCCAUGACCGGCGUGAUCACAUCAACCACCAUGAAGAAUUCUCUUAUCACCGUCUUGCAAGACAUGGAGUAUAUCCAUGGCCAACUCUUUGAACGGACUGUGGAAUCUGCAUGCGGCGCCGUUACUUGCUUGCCCGGUGCGCUCACCAUGUUGCGCUUCUCUGCCUUUGGGAAUAUGGCCAAAUACUACUUCGCGGCCAAGGCCGAGACUUGCGAAGAUAUGUUCGACUACGGAAAGUGCCAUCUAGGGGAAGACCGAUGGCUUACCCACCUCUUCAUGAUUGGAGCACAGAAACGAUACCAGAUUGGAAUGUGCACAAGUGCUUUUUGUAAGACCGAGGCCGUGCAGACGUGGAAGAGCCUACUCAAGCAGCGACGGCGCUGGUUUCUGGGCUACAUCACAAAUGAAGUCUGUAUGCUUACAGACGCCCGAUUGUGGUGGCGAUACCCACUCCUGCUCAUCAUGCGACUCAUGCAGAACUCCAUUCGGACUACGGCCUUGCUCUUCUUCAUUAUGGUCAUCUCUAUUGUCUCUACGUCUCAGAAGAUCAAGAACCUCCCUGUCGGCUUCAUUGCGGUAUCUCUCGGGCUCAACUGGGUUCUAAUGCUGUACUUCGGCGGGAUUCUUGGACGUUGGAAGAUCACUCUCUACCCCAUCAUGUUUGUCGUCAACCCGUUCAUGAAUUGGUUAUACAUGGUGCAUGGAAUCUUUACGUGCGGCCAGAGAACCUGGGGUGGACCACGAGCCGAUGCAAGCAAAGCGGAUGCCACGACAUCUCCUGAGCAAGCAGUGGCCGAAGCCGAAGCCAAGGGCGAUGUACUCAACGUGUUACCGGAGACCUUCAUGCCAGCCGUGGACCAGCUGGGCAGGAAGAAGUCCGUCCGUACACCGCUGCAGCCUUCAAGCCGACUAGAAGGUCGCUUCGCGGCAGCAGAGGAGGUUGCACCAGGGUACUAUCAACAAGGCAACGACUCCGGCGCUCUGCGUGCCAACAUGGCGCCUCGAGGGUAUGGAGAUGUCGAGAUGGCCAUUUACAACGCAGGCUCCCGAAGAGACAGUGCGGAGUCUUUCCUCACCUCCGAUCAUUCCAUACCCACACCCAGGAGGGUGGAAAGCUUCGUGGGCAUGGAUGCAUACCAUGGCACGUCACGAGGCCAAGUCGUCAACGACGGUGCUAGAUAUGAGCCAGCGGUACAUCAGCAGCAAGCGCACGUAGCACCUGGCUUCGACUUGGGCUUCAGACCAUCUUCAAGUCGCCGGGAGUCCGCGGAGUCAGAGCGCGACGACCGCUCCGUAUCCUCGGUCGACAUGCACUUCAGCGUGCCCAGCCGUGAUCCAACUGUACUAGGCAGAGGAUCCCGACGUGAAACUGCGCAGCCACGCCCCCCAUCUGUCCGUCAACCCACCCACCCAACUGAUCAGCAGCGAGACGAAACCACGAUGAAUCACCUUGCAGCACCAGAGCCCCCUCUCAGACCUCCGACUCGGUUCCACCAUGGUGAGCAAAGCAGUGCGCUACGAACAGGUCGCAGUCCGCUGGCAAGGAAGUCCUUCACAAGACUGGCAACCGAUGACGCUCCAUCCACCGCCGGGAGCAGGACGGAGGUGGAAGUAA